UGGUGGUGGUCACAGGAUUCUCCUAAGGAGGUGGAGAUAGCAUAGGAGGGUGGGUAGAUGGUUGUGGAGUGGGAAUCUGUAGCAGUGCAUUUUACUGGUUUCUCUGGUUGGACGGUGGGCGGAAAUUUUUGUCAGCAUCUCCUUCGUAUUUCUGGAUGUUUCCUGAUGGUUAAGAGAUUUGAAAUUAUUGUUGAUUCUUCAAAAAUACAGACAAAGAAACUUGAUCCAGAUUUAAAGAUUCAUCCAGGAGGCUAUGUCAGGCAGCCCAGAGAACAUCCCCCUGGGAGAGUGCACCCUCUCCCAGUCCAGGGACCAGCUGACACCGCCGAGCCGCACAGAGAGCACCGUGUUCAGCCUGUCCCGCAGCGAGUCCAUCUGGACCACAGAGACCACUCGCAGUAAGUGUGAAGAAUUCUGGUUCGCCAUCCACCUCAUGUCCACCGGGGGCAGCUUCCUGGCAUGCGGCAUCAUCAUCAGCGGUCUGUACUUCGCCGGCCACUGCAGGAAGGUGACCAACAUCCUGGGACCAGCCUUGUUGUCCAUUGGGCUGAUGGUUUUUGUGGUGGGCGUGGUCCUGAUCCCCAUCACCAAGGAGAACAGGAAGCAGUCAAACAUGAAAAAGCCUUUCACUUACAGGCCUCCCCAAGUGUUCAACCUGUGAUGAAUUGGGGGUUGGUAUCUUGUCACAAAACUUCAUAUUUGGAAGUCACUCAAAACAAGAAACUUUAAGAGCACACUGGAGUGAACCUUUUCAGCAUGGGAGCCUCUGUGGAAGCUAGUUAUUAAAAGGCUCUGCGUGGUGACAUUUAUGUUUAUUUCUCCAGGAUUGACAAAACUAAGUGCUUAUCUCGCUCUCAAGUGUGCAUGACAACAUUUGCAUUAAUAACCAUGGCUGUGGAGAAAGAAGGUGAGAGCACAAGGACAACAAUGUGCCGCAUGAAAUGCAAUUAUUCACACUUUUACACACAGUUUAGCGAGAAGGAUACAAGAAAGCAAACUGUCUUUAUGAAUAUUCAUGAGGGAAAAGUGGACAAGGGGGAUUUCCUAAUGCUGUGUGGUACAGUGUAUACCAAUUCAUGAAUAAUUAAAGGUUGUGAGAGCUUAUAAUUGUCAGUUCCUGGUUUACUGUGUCUUGUAUCCA